CACCGCCCGGCUGCCAUCUCCUCCUCUCGGGCCGCCGCCUCCUCCUCCUCUUCCUCCUCCUCCUGGGCCGGGCCGAUCUCCUCCCCGCCGCCGCCUCCUCCUGGGCUGGGCCCGCGGCGUCUCGUCCCCUCGCGGAGCCGCUCCCGCCGCCGCCGCCGCCUCCUCAUUCAUCCUCGUGCACCAUAGGCGGCACAGGCACCAAGAUGUCCAACCGAGUGGUCUGCCGGGAAGCCAGCCACGCCGGGAGCUGGUACACAGCCUCAGGACCGCAGCUGAAUGCACAGCUGGAAGGUUGGCUUUCACAAGUACAGUCUACAAAAAGACCUGCCAGAGCCAUAAUUGCACCCCAUGCAGGAUAUACAUACUGUGGGUCUUGUGCUGCUCAUGCUUACAAACAAGUCGACCCAUCUAUUACCCGGAGAAUUUUCAUCCUUGGGCCUUCUCAUCAUGUGCCCCUCUCUCGAUGUGCACUUUCCAGUGUGGAUAUAUAUAGAACACCUCUGUAUGACCUUCGUAUUGACCAAAAGAUUUACGGAGAACUAUGGAAGACAGGAAUGUUUGAACGCAUGUCUCUGCAGACAGAUGAAGAUGAACACAGUAUCGAAAUGCAUUUGCCUUAUACAGCUAAAGCCAUGGAAAGCCAUAAGGAUGAGUUUACCAUUAUUCCUGUACUGGUUGGAGCUCUGAGUGAGUCAAAAGAACAGGAAUUCGGAAAACUCUUCAGUAAAUAUCUAGCGGAUCCUAGUAAUCUCUUUGUGGUUUCUUCUGAUUUCUGCCAUUGGGGUCAAAGGUUCCGUUACAGUUACUAUGAUGAAUCCCAGGGGGAGAUUUAUAGAUCCAUUGAACAUCUAGAUAAAAUGGGUAUGAGUAUUAUAGAACAGUUAGACCCCGUGUCUUUUAGUAAUUACCUGAAGAAGUACCAUAAUACUAUAUGUGGAAGACAUCCCAUCGGAGUGUUACUAAAUGCUAUCACAGAGCUCCAGAAGAAUGGAAUGAAUAUGAGCUUUUCCUUUUUGAAUUAUGCUCAGUCAAGCCAGUGCAGAAACUGGCAAGACAGUUCAGUGAGUUACGCUGCUGGAGCACUCACGGUCCACUGACGCUCUGAAUCCUCAGGGAUGCCACCUGCACAUACUCAUGCUCUGUUCGGGGUCCCAGCCUAGCCCUUACCAAGAUCCAGAUCCUGGUUUGGGGGGAUUCUGAAACCUCAAACUAAUAGAACUUUCUUCUCUUCUUUUCUAGUAGGUGUAGUCCUUCCUUAAUUUCAACUCAUUAAAAAAAAAUGCUUUAUAGUUUAGGGCAGUGGAAGGAAGGCUGGCAUCAAAUAUUUUGAUCAAAGAAGAUGGCAAUGUCAUGGGCCAGUUGUGGCAGUGUUUUGAAAAGUAACUUGUAAAGCAUUUACCAUAUCCUAAAUUUGCACUCUUUGCAGACUUGUGCACAUAUAUUCCGCUUUCAGAAUAGUUUUGCAAAUUGUACACAGACAAAAAAGGUGGAAGCUUUUUAAUAAAGAAAUUGCAUUUAUAAAUGAUCUGUAUUAGAAUAUAAUAAUUCUCCAGUUAUAGUCAAUUACUACCCGUGUUGUACAACAGAUACCUUCUAUUUUAGUUGCUAAUAAAGGGCUACACAACUCAAAAUAGUCUGAUUUAAACUUAUUGCUC